AUGCAGUUCUCCAUUAUCUCCAUCGUCGCCGCGCUCGCCGCCACUGCUACUGCCACCUACGUUCCUACCAACGGAACUGCCACCUCUGGUGCUUACUACCCCACUGGUACCGGUGCUGCUGCCCCUACCGGAGCCAGGCCAACCUCAACCCUCCCCUUCACUGGUGGAGCCGCAAACAUUGGCAGCUCAGCCCUUGGUCUCAUCGUAGCUGGUGGUGUCGCCAUCAUGCUAUAA